GCAUAACAGGUCCCUUUAAACUGAAAUUUCAAAUGACUUCCGUUGUCUUGUAACCUACAUUUCAAGCUUUCUUUUUUUAUUUAUUUAUUUAAAUGAAUCAGAUAAAUAUUGGAUGUAUUUUUUCCUUCAGAUAUGAAGCAGAUAUUGAGCUUUUUGAGUCUCUAUAAAAACAUGUACAUAAAUUGAAUUGUUCUCGUGGAUACGAGCUGAUCAAUACACAUCCUGUUUACAUUUCUAGAUUGUAGAUUUUCAUCAAAUAAAAUUAUGUGAAUUUACCAUUGUGUAUAGUUAUUAUGAAUUCUCAAGAAAUCAGGUUGAAAAAUUCAUCUUAGACUGACAGGAACUCAAAGUUUGUCCAAUAUGAAACCACACAUAGAAAGACAGUUAUUAUUUCUCAACACACACUAUCAGCAAUAUAAAAAGGCGCCUUCCUCCUCUCUUAGUUUGAAGAGUUGUUGUUCUGUCUGUGAGCGAAUAACUUUUCUGAACUUCUCUUCUCAUCAUUGCUCCUGAACUCCUGAAAAAUAACAAAAAGAAACAGAAUCUCAAAAAGAGACAACAGUAUUCUCAGUAGAUCAUCCGAGGGAUUUGACUGAAUCAAGAUGCUGCUGAUCAUUGAAGCUCUUCUCAUUUUAGCUGCUCUAGGACAGGAUCACGGAGCUGCUGCAGGACAGAUAUUUCCACUGGAUAUGGCACUGAAUUCUGUUGAUGACCAAUAUUACGGCUGUAGAGAGAAAAUGGCGAAUCUGGUGAAGACAAAAUAUCUGAAGAAGGAAAUCAACAAUUCAGCUAAAUAUAAAAUUAGUUGGCAAUUAGGUGAAAAGUUUGUCAAGUUUCCAAAAGGUCACUUGACAAGGAAUCAUUUAAUUGCCAUUUAUGUGUACAGUGAUAGUAAUGUAUAUCACCAUUUUAAUCCUGAUACUCGUUACGGUAAAAACCAGUACAAACACAAGACAUACAAAUGGUAUUCACUUCACUUUCUGUUAACAGAAGCGAUGCAGAUUCUGAAGAAAGCACAAAAUAAAUGCAGGGUAACGUAUCGUGGUACUACAGCUGAAUUUAAUAAGUAUGUUCUGAACAAAGAGGUUCGAUUCGGCUCAUUUACAUCCUCCUCUCUUGAUCCCAAUGUAGCACGAGGUUUUGGAAGUAAAUCUUGUUUUGAAAUCUACACUUGUGAAAGUGCUGAUGUGUCAAUAUAUUCAAAGUAUCCUCAUGAGAGAGAGGUGCUGAUUCCUCCAUAUGAGAAGUUUAAAGUCACUGCUGUCAGGACAAGAAAAUAUCAGCCAAAUCUCUGGUGUGACACUGUGUUCACUUUGAAAAGCUCUGGAAAAGCAAGUUACCUGAACUGUGCAGUGGCAUUCAAGAAACCAUCCAAGUACUACUAAUGUUAUUCACUGAAAGUGCUUGGGAUUUAUCAGUUCCACACAAGUAAAUAUAAAAGAAAUCUUCCACUCGAUUUAGUUUUAUAAUUCUUUGUCAGCAAACAUUUUUUGUUCAUGAACAUUCUGAAAUAAAAUUUUUAUGUGACGCAA